CAGGAAAGAAUUGGGACAUUUUAUUGAAAACAUGCUAAUAUCCUGUUCCUUUAAUGGAAAGAAAUGCUCAGCAGACAACUUUACACUGUUUCAAACUGCGGAAUAUGGAAACUGUUACACUCUAUCGAGUGAUCUGUUCAUAACGAGGAAAACGGGUCCUAUGAAUGGACUGCAAUUGAUUUUACAAGUCGAGAAAUUUGAGUUGUUAAGUAAUUUAAUAGAUGGAGCCGGUUUUCGACUUGUUAUUCAUGAACCUGAAACCUUCCCUUUUCCACAGGAUGAAGGUUACACAAUCAGUUCUGGGCAUGAAACAACCAUUGGAAUGAAAAUGGUACGUGUUGUGCGUGCAGAGGCACCAUAUGGUAUGUGUGAUUCAGGAGAUACCUUCUACAAGACGUAUGGAUUCCGCUAUACUAUGCAGGCUGAUGUUCGUUAA